AGCUGAUUUAUAUAUGUUCUUUGUUUGUAAUCUUGUCAAACUGUUUUUGAGAUUUCGGUGUUCCCCCAUUCAAGUAGAUAGGAGCUGCACUUUCAUGACAUGGCCGCCAGUGGACAGACGUCCCGGAAAUAUCCACUGCUAGAGUUUCUUAUCCACUUGUGGAGCCACACGGAGGCCAUUCUGUGGCGCAACAUGAUCAUGCCCAUGCGCAUGUGAACAAAAAGUAUUUAAUUUCUUUGCAUUUAAGUUGAAAUUUAUUUUGAGGCUUAAAUUAAGUUUAAAUAUGCCCGGUGUGCGCGAGAUCGGGUUGGUGGGCACCGCGCUCGCGCUGACGGGAGGAGUCGCGUACUUUGUGUGCCACCUGAUGCAGAAAACACCAGAUGAACCAAAGAAAAAAGUGAAAGAAGAGUUGAACGAGGAUGAACGCAGGCAAGAGCAAGUGCAUAAAGCAACUAGGACCGAAAAUGCAUUAAAGCCGCCGAUAAUUUCAGAGCCCAGGUCUGCAGGGACACAGGUGCUGGUUUUGGGGCUGGACGGGGCUGGGAAGACCAGUUUACUGCACUGUUUUGCCACAGGCAGCCUGGAACAGGACACAAGUCCGACUCAAGGCUUCAAUGCAGUCUCUAUCAACAAAGAAGAUCUUCAGAUUGAGUUUCUAGAGAUUGGAGGAUCAGAGAAGCUGCGCGAUUACUGGCACAUGUAUCUGAGUAAAGCUCGUGUGCUGGUGUUUGUGGUGGACUCGACUGAUGCAGACCGAUUCCCUCUAGCUAAACUUCACUUACAUCAGCUCCUGUCUGCCAACCCCUGUCUGCCCCUGGUGAUGCUCGCCAACAAACAGGACAUGCCUGGAGCUCGAGGCAUCUCUGAUCUUUACGAGGCGCUGGAUUUGGGUAACGUUGGCGACGGGCACCGUCUCAGUGUCAUCGGUACUCAAGUGAAGAAGGGAAAGUCUGAGGCCAACGGCAGCGUACAAGACGCCCGUGACCUCAUCGUAGAGAUGAUGUCUGAUAACUGACUCCCUUUCAUUGGCUGAGACUUAGAAGUGUCUUAAAACGGUUUGCCUUUGGUUUCCGCUGCACUACAUAUAUCCGAAUGUCUCGACAAUGUUCAGGUCUUUGAGAUCACCAAAGAGUCUUCCAACCAAAUGUCAAAAAAAGGCCUUUUUUUGUAGAUAUAUGUAGUUCUGAUAAAAAUAGUUAAAUAUAUUAUCAUGGAUUAUAAUUGCUGCUGCUGCUGUUGUGAUUGUGCAUUAUGUGAUGUGGUUCUGUAAUGGGCCUUAUAAACUUGUGAUUUGAGUUAUUUGAGUAUUUGUGUCACGUAUUUGUUAGAUGAUCAGAUGCUUGAAUUGGUUUACAGAAAUAGGCUAUUCUGCGACGUCUGUAUAUUCAUUUUGUAACUCUACUGUUAUUUCAAAUUGGCUUUUAAAAGCCAGAAAUCAAAUGUCAAGUAAAGAUUUGAUCUAUUUUGUCAUUGUAUUUUGAUAACUAUUAAAUAUUGAUUGAAGUAACCGUUUGUCACUGUGUAAAAAAAUCCCCUUGUAUGUUUGUAGCAUCCAUAACAUGAGUUCUUUUACAUCUGUAUUAGCCUAUUAUUUCCUGUAUCGUGGUCUGUUGUAAGUAUUGUGUUAAUUAUAUCACUUACCCAGCAUGGUCUGUUAGUCACUGGCUGGUUUCAGCUUUUUGGUGAGGCAACAGGCCCUUGUGACACCUGUUGACACAUGCUAAGUCUCUAUUGUGAUUCCUGUGGGAUGAGGAGGUCUGCCUUUUGAAGAAAAACUGGGUGUACUGUGUUUUUAUUGCUCGUUUAAAGAUGGUUUGAAUGAUAUGAUUUUUUAUUUUUGAAAAGGUUGUGAAAUACAUUAUUCCCAAUGGGGCAGGUCUGUAAAUAUAUCACUUUCAUAUUUAAUAGAGAAAUAGCAUAUUUUACAUGGUAAUUAAUGCAAAACAUGUU